CGGGGACCGCUGGGCUUCCCUCGCGCUGCUACUUUCUGACCCGGCGCCUCCAUCCCAUGCCCUGUGCCUGGAACCAAAGGACUCUGCCCGGGCAAACUUUUCUCUGUGAACACAAAGGCAGAGCUGCAGGUUUGUCAAGGUGAUACAGCUUUCUGUCAAGGACCAAAGGGUUAAAGGAAGCGGCGAUGCCCUCAGUGAUGGAGAAGUCUCUAGGCUCCACUGCAAUCAUCUCUCGUAACAGAGCCAAAUCAGACGGCUUGGGAAGCAAUUCCGAGGAGGACAGCAGCGAGGAUGAAGCGCCAAGGGACAGCAUGAUCCGAGUGGGUUCAGAUUACCAAGCUCAGAUCCCUGAGUACAAACCAGACUCUGCAACUCAGAACAAUGUGGAGAUGAAGGGGAUGUUGGUAUGGUCGCCAAAUCAUUUUGUAUCAGAUGCCAAAUUGGAUGAGUACAUCUUAAUGGCAAAGGAGAAACAUGGCUACAAUGUGGAGCAGUCUCUUGGUAUGCUGCUCUGGCACAAACAUGAUGUUGAACGCUCUCUUGCUGACCUUGCAAAUUUUACACCAUUUCCUGAUGAGUGGAGUGUGGAGGAUAAAGUUCUUUUUGAACAGGCAUUCAGCUUUCAUGGAAAAUGCUUCCAGCGAAUACAACAAAUGCUCCCAGAUAAAUUGAUCCCCAGUCUGGUGAAAUACUACUACUCGUGGAAGAAGAUCCGAAGCAGAACAAGUGUGAUGGACCGGCAGGCACGUCGACUGCAGAGCAAGCGGGAGGAGGGUAAUGAAGAUGCAGAAGAAGUGCAUAAAAUAAGCGAAAAUGACUUGGAUGCUGCUGACAUUCGGAAGGAGGACUCUCUGAAAUCUGCAUCCAGUGCAAAGCCUGGACCAGUCAAAAAGGAACCUGUGGUGUCUCAGUAUCGACAUCACCCAUUACGAUCCCGUCAGAGGCCACCAAAAGGCAUGCAUCUUGGCAAGAGUGAUAUUGCUGCUGUUUGUGCAAGUUCAGAAAUGCCAGCACUCACUCUGAGUCAGCUGGACACGCAGCUUGUCUCACUUAAGCGCCAGGUACAGAACAUUAAGCAGAUGAACAGUAGUUUAAAACAGGCUAUACAUGGAGAGAUAAGUGACCUGAGACCCCCUGAGCUGAAUACCAAACUGAAUGCUCGCUGGACCACAGAUGAGCAGCUACUUGCUGUCCAAGCUGUCAGACGAUAUGGUAAGGAUUUUCAGGCCAUCUCGGAGGUUCUGGGUAAUAAAACUCCGUCCCAGGUGAAGACUUUUUUCAUAAGUUAUCGUAGACGGUUUAAUUUGGAAGAAGUACUUCAAGAAUGGGAAGCAGAACAGGACAUUGCUCCAUCUAAUGCGCCGAUGAACUCCACCAGUAAGAGCACUGAUACCUCUCAGACGGCCCCUGAAGAUGAGGUACAAAUCACAUCAGUCUCCUCGACCACACAAACUGUAACAAUAACUACCACAGCACCACCUACCACUGCCACUUUGUCUCUUCCCCCUCCACUACUGCGUCCAGCCCUGCCAUCAGCUCCCACACUGCAUCGUCAGCCACCUCCACUCCAACCAGGACGCCUCCUUCAACCUCGUCCUCCGCCUCUUGUGCGCCCAGCUCCCCGGCAGAGCCCUCGUGGACCACCUGCCCUAUUAGGAAAUCAUGCCGAGCCAGCCUUCUCAUGAAGAAUUCUCUUACGUUUUCUAUGACAAAUUUGUGAAUUGGGAGGGUUUAUUUAUGGGGUAGCACUGAAAUAGUAGUAUUUAAACAUCUAACCUGUGAAACAACUCAUCUAUUCUCAAAGGAUCAGCACUAAACAUUGUGCGGGCAGGGAGCCCUUUUACAGCAGGAUGCGCAAUCAUGUGGACGUAUGGAUCAGAGAGCACAAAAACGGACUCCUAAUGAGUGCAACUAAGAAGGGAAUCUUUUUUUCAAUAUUGCAUUGAAUGUUUUUCUAUGUACUUGCUGUCGUCCUCUUAUGGAUCAGUUGAACUUGUACAAGACUUUAUUUUUUUCCCCCCCUUUUUGGAUGUGUCCUCUGUAGCAGUAAUACAUUUACUUGAAAAGUAAAAUGUCUACAGUUGUGGGGAAAAAGUAAUGGCCCUGUGUCUCCAAGAUGGCUGUGUUUCAGCUUCUGCACAAGCUCUUGAUGGUGAGUUUUUACGCUUAUUUUCAGGUUGGUGUCAUUAAACAAAAAUGGUGGUGUGACAGUGUUGUUCAGCCAUGCUAGGAUACACUUAUUUGGUAUGUAGUAGUGAAUUUUAGCUUUGUGAAUAGUCCAUUAAUAAAAUCAAUUUG